AUGCAGCGCGGCGGCGCGGCGGAGGCGGCAGCGGAGCUGCCGCCUGCUUGGCAUCUGUACUAUCCGCCGCCGCGGCUUGCGGCAGCGGUGGCAGAGGCUGCGGCUGUGGACGAGCCUGAGUCGCAGCAGUUGCAGCAGCAGCAGCAGCAGCAGCAGCAGCAGCAGCAGUCGGAAGCUGGGGACGGCCCCGCUUCGGCGGCUGCGCCUGGCGGCGGGGAUGGCGUUGCUGACGGUGUGGCCGCGGCGCCGGCGGGGACCGACCAGGCGGCGGCCGCGGCCGAGGCCGACGGCGACGCCGUGUGGGCCGCGUUCGUGGAAUCUGCCCGCCGCGCCACCUCGCUCCGCGCGUCGCACGGCCGCGCGAUGGCCGGCGACAGCGGGGAGCAGCAGCGCGGCGCGGCGUGGCACGGGCUGCGGGACGUGCGGCUGACAGCGAGCGCGCUGCCAAACGUGCUGGGGUGGUUCAGGCUGCCGGUGGAUGACUUGAAGCAGUUGUGGGCGGAGAAGGUUGGGCUGGCCGCCAAGCAGCCAGCCAACGCGGCCAUGACGUACGGCACCAACCACGAGGACGAGGCUCUGGAGGAUUACUCGCGGCUGGUGCCGCAGCACGAGGUCGAGGCCAAGCUGUUCACUGUGUGGUGCGAUGAUCUCCACGGGCCGCACUCCUGGCUGGGCGCCUCCCCCGACGGCCUGCUGACACACAAAGGCGCCGCGCCGCCGCCCGCG